AUGGAAAUGGAGAGACGUCUGGAGAAGGAGAUCGUCGUUAAAAUGCCACCACCAACCAUGUACACGAAACAAGUUUUAAUGCCAGUCUGUAAAUAUGAAGUGCUCGAUGGUUCACCAACUGGUCCACCAGUUUACUACGCAACUGUUGGACAAAUGGCAAGGAUACUUGUCUACCAUAAAUGGACAUGUGAAGCUGAACAAGAGGACACGUUCUGUAUGACGGUCCAUUCAUGCUUUGUUGACGAUGGAAAUGGGGAAAGAGUACAACUUAUCAAUGAAAAAGGUUGUGCACUUGACAAGUAUUUACUCACAAAUCUGGAAUAUCCUAGCGAUUUAAUGGCAGGACGUGAAGCACACGUAUACAAGUAUGCAGAUCGCGACAAUAUGUAUUUCGACUGCCAGAUUACUUUACGGAUUAAAGAACCUGGAUCCGAGUACUGUGAGGUGCCAUCCUGUCCGGACCCACCACGUCGACGUCGUUCACAUCAACCAUUACUGUCCACACCUACGAACACGGAACUAAAAGCCAUUGAAUCGAGCGACUUCAUCAUUCCACAUGACGAUAUUGUAAAAUUAAAUUGGGUACAAAUGAACUUCGAUAUUAAACAGGCUCUCCUCUGCAUGAGCAACAUCGGAUUGUCCUUGGUGUGCCUUUUCAACGUCUCCAUUAUCCUCAUAUCAGCAGUUAUUGUAUUCUCAGCCGUUCGUGCUCAUAGUCUUAACGCUAAACUUCGAUAUUAG